UGGUAAGCAAGUCCUGAUCUUCCUUUCAUUUCCUGAAUUGGGCAACGGAGAUUUUCUCGUUUUGUUCUUUUUUUCUUUUUGUGAUUUGAAUCAUGGGUUCUAGAGAUGGGUUCUUCCCGGAUGAGGUUAUUCUUCAGAUACUUGCGAGAUUGCCCGUUAAGUCCCUCUUUAGAGCGAAAACUGUGUGCAAACUUUGGUAUAGAUUAUCAUCCGACAAGUAUUUCACUAAACUCUACAAUGAAUCAUCUUGUAAGAAUCCAAUGCUAUUAGUGGACAUUUCAGAUUCAUUUGGAUCGAAGUCCAGUUUAAUCUGUGUUGAUGAUUUGAGGGGUGUUACUGAAAUCUCCUUGGAUUUCUUAAAUGAUAGGGUUAAGGUCAGGGCUUCUUGUAAUGGAUUGUUGUGUUGCUCUAGCAUCCCUGAUAAGGGUGUUUACUAUGUUUGCAAUCCAACGACUAGAGAGUUUAAAUUGCUGCCUAGGAGUAGAGAAAGGCCUGUAACCCGAUUUUAUCCAGAUUGUGAGGCCACCCUUGUUGGUUUGGCCUGCAAUUUGUCAAGUCAAGGGUUCAAGGUUGUUUUAGCUGGUUAUCACCGCACGUUUGGUCACAGGCCAGACGGAACCUUCGUAUGUUUAGUGUACGAUUCUGAUUCUGAUAAAUGGAGCAAAUUUGUUUCAAUUCGAGAUGAUCAGUUUACACAUAUGAAUAGGAACCAAGUUGUGUUUGUUAACGGAGCACUUCAUUGGCUGACCGGUAGUUGCUCUUGCAUACUUGCACUUGAUUUGGAAUGUGAUGCUUGGAGGAAGAUUACAUUGCCGGAUGAAUUGAUUUUUGGUUCUGGGAAUAGAAUUUAUCUGUUGGAGUGUGAUGGGUGUUUGUCUAUAAUUCAGAUUUCGGAUGCUUGGAUGAACAUAUGGGUGUUGGAAGACUAUGAGAAUGAGAAGUGGCAUGUUGUGGAUAGGGUUAGCUUGAGAUGUAUAAGGGGUCUUGUGCCUGGUAUUUUUCCAAUAAGUCAGACUUCUGCAUAUGUUUUCUUGGCAACACAUAAGCAGGUUGUGGUGUAUCAUCGGAAGGGCAGAGUGUGGAAGGAGAUGUACUCUAUGAAAUCAGCACUCCCGUUGUGGUUCUCGGCUCAUGCAUUUCGCUGCACAAUCUCCUCUUGUACCUAAGAUGUUAUCUGCCGUUCACUACUAAGUUAUGUACAAAAAUAAGUUUCUUAUUGAUGCUACUGCUAUUUAUUAUUGGUUUAUUGGUCUUUAUCAAUGA